AUGUCUUCCGAAUCAAUCCCCACACCUCAAUGCUCGACCAAACGAUACUACGCAACAAACUCCCCCUGGGAAGAAGCAAUCGGCUACUACCGCGCCAUCCGCCACGACAAAAACAUCUACAUCUCCGGCACCACAGCCGUAGACCCCUCCUCCACCCCCUCCAAUCCCCGCGUCCUCCAUCCUGGAGACGCGGCCGCCCAAACCCGCGUCACCAUUGAUGAAAUCGUCAAGGCUAUCAAAGCUCUGGGAGGCAGAGGUGCGGAGAGUAUCGUAAGGACGAAGAUGUAUGUGCAGAGGCAGCAGGAUUGUGGGCCGGUAGGGGAGGUUUUCAAGAAUAUGGUGGGGAAGGGGAAAGGGAGUGAGUUUGGGUGUGCGGCGACUAUGGUGGUGGUUGGGGGGUUUUGUGAUCCGGAGAUGUUGGUGGAGAUUGAAUGCGAUGCUGUUGCUGAUGCUGACGAGGAAACUGAGAAGAAGUAG